GAAAACAGAGGGCCAGCAGAUGUCAACAGAAACCACCAUUCAUGUCCCCAACCCUCACCUUGAGAAGCUGAAAGAGGAUGCCCUGUAUCAUUUAGCUCUCGGAACUGGUACCCAUAAUUUUCCUGCCAUGUUUGGAGAUGUAAAGUUUGUAUGCACUGGAGGAAGCCCUUCGAGGAUGAAAGCUUUUAUCUCCUAUAUGACAAUGAAGCUGGCCAUUAGCAGCCUAGGUUGUGAGUUGCCCAACAUCUGCGCAGCAACGGAUCGGUAUGCUAUGUACAAAGCAGGUCCUGUGCUGGCCGUCAGUCAUGGGAUAGGGAUGUCUUCCAUUGCGAUUAUGUUGCAUGAUGUCAUCAAACUGCUGUAUCAUUCCAAGUGCACCAACGUCAUCCUUAUUCGCAUGGGCACCUCUGGUGGAAUAGGGUUGGAGCCAGGAACUGUUGUGGUUACCAGACAGGCUGUAAAUGCUUCCUUCAAGCCUGAGUUAAAACAGAUUGUCCUGGGGAAGCCGGUCAUUCGCAAGACAGACCUAGAUGAGAAGACAGCUGCAGAGCUGAUGGAGUGUGGCAAGGAGCUACACCAAUUCAACACUGUCCUUGGCAACACCAUGUGCACGCUGGAUUUCUAUGAAGGUCAAGCUCGCCUCGACGGUGCGAUCUGCUCGUACACAGAAGAAGACAAAAUGAAUUAUUUAAAGGCAGCUAAUGAAGCUGGAGUAAAAAAUAUGGAAAUGGAAUCUGCCAUUGUAGCAGCCAUGUGCAAUCUUAGCGGCAUCAGAGGUGCUGUGGUUUGUGUCACACUCCUGAAUCGACUUCACGAGGAUCAAAUUACCAGCUCUCAGGACAUUCUAGAGGAAUAUGAAGAAAGACCACAGAAAUUGGUGGGGCACUUCAUAAAAAAGUGCAUUGAUAAAAAAAAGUGA